UAAAAGCACAGGAAGGAAUACAACUAAAACCCAUAAACAAUAGUUUCUUUAUCUUCCUUCCUGAUCAUACAUUUUUAUGGAAUUUUCUAUUAGAUGGAAGCCUCAGGUGGUCAUGCUAUUUGCAGUGGUGUGUGGAGUAUACAUUAUUUCUAUAUGUAUGAGACAAACAACUAACUUAAGAAGCAUAGGUUCUCUAAGCAUCCCCUUGAUUGAUCCCAAAUGUUCCUUUCCUAGUAGUGAUGUCCAAAAGUGGGAGAUUCCUUUGCAGCACUUCCCUAAACCUCAGACAUUUAGCAGGGGGGAAUGUGAGUGCAAUCCUGUGAGGUUCUUUGCCAUAUUGUCAAUGCAGAGGUCAGGGAGUGGAUGGUUUGAGACAUUGUUGAAUAGUCACAUAAAUGUGAGUUCCAAUGGAGAAAUUUUCAAUGUAAGGCAAAGGAGGGCUAAUGUGUCAAUGGUGAUAAAGACUUUAGAUAAGGUUUACAAUCUUGAUUUUCUCACAAGUUCCUCAAAGAAUGAGUGCUCAGCUGCUGUUGGCUUCAAAUGGAUGCUUAAUCAGGGGAUUAUGAUGCAUCACGAAGCGAUCGUGGAAUACUUCAGGAGGCGAGGGGUGUCUGCAAUAUUUCUAUUACGAAGGAAUCCGCUGCGUAGGUUGAUCUCCCUCCUUGCAAAUACUUAUGACAAGGAUGUUAAACUCUUAAAUGGAACACACAAAUCUCAUGUUCAUUCUCCCCAAGAGGCUCAAAUACUUGCUGAAUACAAACCAAGUGUAAAUAUAUCCGUACUCAUACCCAAACUAAGAAGCACCAUGAAGAAUUCUGCUAUUGCUUUAGACUACUUCAAGAAUGCGCGGCAUGUUGUGUUUUACUAUGAAGAUAUUGUUAGAAACCGAACGAAACUUAGAGACGUUCAAGAGUUUCUCAGGCUGCCGAUUAGAAACCUUACGAGUCUGCAGGUUAAGAUACACAGCGGCUCUCUAUUAAACCAAAUUGCGAAUUGGGAAGAAGUGCAGGAGAAACUGAAGGGAACUGUGUAUGAAAAGUUUCUUUACACAGAUGAAGAUUAGUAAUAGUUUUUUACGAAAACUUGAUGUGCUUGUAAAUUACGGGGUAGUGAAUUAGAAUACAAGAACUUUACCCAUUUAUUAGUCCAUUUUUCAAUACAAAUGGGAAAUGGCAUUAGCUUAAUGUUAGUACAUUAAAUACCAGCAGAAAUUUGGGCUUGGUUUGAAUGCUCUUGAACCAAUGAUAGAAGACUUACCCAAUAUUAUUUGGUACUCCCACUACUCCGUAAUAUUUA